AUGCUCUACAAAAUCAAGCUGGGUGAGCUGGUGGUUACCAUCCCCACCAUCGGCUUCAAUGUCGAGACUUUCGAAUACAAGAACAACAAGUUCACGGCCUGGGACAUCGGGGGCCAGGAGAAGAUCCGCUCUGACGUCGAGCGGAUUUAUGAGGCCAAGCAGGUGCUGCGCCUGAUCUUCGAGGCUGAAGAACUCACCGAUACCAAGCUGCUCGUGUACGCCAACAAGCAGGACCAUCCCAAUGCCCUUUCGGCGGAAGAGCUUCGAGAGGAAAUGGAGCUGUCGGAAGUGACCAAGAAUUCCACACAUGUCCAGGCUUCCAUUGCAACUACCGGGGAGGGUAUAUACGAAGGUCUUGACUGGCUGAUCAAGGCGGUCACGGGCGAACUGUUCUCGUAG